CUGCUUGUUUCCUCCGGACACUUUUGACUGUGACGCAGAGCCGCAAUGGCGCCCGCUUUCAGAAUGCUGCGACAGGUGUGUGAUCAUGUGACCCGCUCGCGCGCCGCCGUCAGACUCUUGUGUUCACGCGCAUCGGCCACAGAAACCGCAGCGCAUCAGGACACGAGCAGACCUGCGUUCCCGCCGCUGCAGAGCUACUCCGAGGAGGAGAGCAUGAUGAGAGACGCCGUGAGGAAGUUUGCUCAGGAACGCAUCGCUCCAUCUGUUUCCAAGAUGGAUGAAGACUCGGCCAUGGAUGCAGACGUGAUCAGCGCUCUGUUCCAGCAGGGUUUAAUGGGGAUUGAGAUCGGAGCAGAGUACGGAGGCACAGGCUCCAAGUUCUUCUCUUCUAUUCUGGUGAUCGAGGAGCUGGCGAAGGUGGAUCCAUCCGUGGCUGUGCUGUGCGACAUUCAGAACACCCUCAUAAACACGCUGCUGAUGAACCUGGGGACGGAGGAGCAGAAGGAGCGAUACCUGCCGCGUCUCACCAGCGAUACGGUCGGCAGCUUCUGCCUGUCAGAGGCGGAGUCGGGCAGCGACGCCUUCUCUCUGAAGACUAAAGCAGAGAAGCAGAAAGAUUAUUACAUCAUCAACGGCUCGAAGAUGUGGAUCAGUAAUGCAGAACAUGCUGGAGUCUUUCUGGUCAUGGCCAACGCAGAACCCGCCGCGGGUUACAGAGGAAUCACCUGCUUCAUCGUGGACAGAGACACGGAGGGGCUUCACAUCGGCAGAAAGGAGAAUAAGCUGGGUCUGAGAGCCUCGUCCACCUGUCCUCUGACAUUCGACAACAUGAAGGUUCACGAGAAGAACAUUUUGGGGAAAGUCGGUCACGGUUAUAAAUACGCCAUUGGGAUGUUGAACGGGGGCCGGAUCGGGAUUGCAGCACAGAUGCUGGGUCUGGCCCAAGGCUGCUUUGAUCACACAGUUCCCUACACCAGACAGAGGAUUCAGUUCGGCAAACGCAUCUUUGACUUCCAGGGUCUGCAGCAUCAGAUUGCUCACGUCGCCACGCAGCUGGAAGCGGCUCGACUGCUGACCUACAAUGCGGCGCGGCUGAGGGAGGCUGGACGGCCCUUCAUCAAAGAGGCCUGCAUGGCCAAAUACUUCUCUGCUGAGGUCGCGACUCUGACCACAUCAAAAUGCAUCGAGUGGAUGGGAGGAGUGGGAUUCACCAAAGACUAUCCCAUCGAGAAAUACUACAGAGACUGUAAGAUCGGAACCAUUUAUGAGGGAACCGCGAACAUCCAGCUGAGCACGAUGGCCAAGAUGAUCGACCAGGAAUACAACGGAUGAAACACCGUAGAGCAUGAUAUGAAUAAUAUAUAAGCUGUAAUUCUACUUUUUAUGUACCAAAACAUACUGCUGGUGUUUUUGAUUAAUCUACACGUGAUGUUCACACGCAGCUGUCGUGGAAUCAGACUCCAGUUCAUGUUGUGUGUGUCUGUACUGAACUGAAUCCUCUCGAAACAUAUAAUUUCUUGUUUCUGUAGUUAGUUAUUUUACUCUGUAUGAGUUUCUGAGAUGGAAGCUUUGUGUCCACAACACUAAAUGAGUCAUUUCAAGAUAAAACUGUCUCAUAUUCCUGUUAUUAAUCAAGCUGGUGCCUUAUUGAUGGACGGCUGUUCAUUUGAGAUCGAUCGAGUCUUUCGUGUUUGUGUUUGUCACUGAUCCUGAGAUGAAUAAACAUCAUGAACACA